AUGGCAGCGCAGCUCCCAAAGGAAGAACGCGUUGCUAGGUACCGUCUCAUUGUCGAUGCCUACAAUAUCCUCUCCAAUGAUCAAAAGCGCUCAGCGUACGAUACAUACGGUCUCGGCUGGACUGGACCAUCAAAAAACCGUGCCUUUCGUCCAGAGAGCCAGCAGGACAUGAGAUACGAGGGAUGGAAUAAUGAUGGGUUCAACUAUGAGGCCGAGAGAGAGUUUCUGAAGCACUUGUCUAGCAACAGAAAAUUUAUUUGUUUUGUUCUGGUGCUUGUCAUAUUCGCACAGACCUGUGUGUUUUUGAGCUCUCAAGCCAAGGCAGAAUUACAGAUGAGACGAACAGAUGAACAGUGUCGAGAGCUCAUGAGCCGCAGCCGGGACCGAGCUUUGAGUUUGAGGACCUUGAUGGCUCAGAUGGAACGCCUGUUGUUAAAAAGAGAUCCUUCUGGUACUGGGCUUGUUCCAACCGAGGGGCCAUUUUACCGCGAGAUGCUUCCAUUUUGUGCUUAUUAG